AUGAGUUCAGUACCAGAAACUUCGGAAAGAUCUGCUAUAGUAACAUCGCCGGACAUCACAGCAUUGGGAGCUCAAUUAAGUGAGGUACUUGGUAAGUUCAAUGAGUUAAGCGCUGAAAUGGCCGCACAAAGGCGUGUAAUUGAUCAGCUGGUCGCCAGCAACAAUGGUGGUGGUGUCCCAAACGACCAAGAACCUAUCGAUAAUCACCCACCUGCACAAGACUAUCAACCACCCCACACAUCCACUACCCAAACACCUUUCCCUCCUCCUUUCGCUAACCCUCUUGAAAAUACUUUUACCCGACUAAAUUCAGACUUUUCCUAUAUGCAUCCGAAUUAUGUAUUGAUAAACCCAACCAGUAGCCAAAUCCCUCAAAUCCAUCCACAAACCAAUCUGAAUAUCCCCCCCAACCCUCAGGGACCCCACCACCAUACUGCAGAGCCUUUUGUACUGGAUACUGCAUCUCAAGGGAAGGCGGCGAUAGAAGAACAGCCUAUACCCAUUGACAAAGAUCUGUUAAGAAGGUUGGAUCGAUUCGAUGAUUUUAUGAGAAAGAAUCAAGGAUUGAGCAGGCAUGGUGGGUUAGAUUACGAUGAAUUGUGUCUUUUCCCGGAUAUUCAGCUACCGUUGGGAUUCAAAACCCCUAAAUUCAGCAAGUAUGAUGGAACUGGAAAUCCAAAGACGCACCUCAAGAUGUUUGCCAACAAAUUAGGUAAACCUGUGGAUGAUGAGAAUUUGCCUAUGCGUCUAUUUCCGGAAAGUUUGGAGGGAGAUGCUCUAGAUUGGUAUUCAAAUUUGAAGUCUGGAGAAGUCAAGACCUGGUUGGAUCUAUCAACUGCUUUUGUGAAGCAGUAUGAAUUUAACUGUGAGUUGGCGCCAACACGAACCACACUGGAGGGUACGAAAAGAAAGCCGUCGGAAGAUCACAAGACCUACGCAAAACGGUGGAGAAAGUUAGCUGCCAAAGUGGAGCCUCCUAUGACUGAGGAGGAGAUUGUUCGUACUUUCAUCAAGGCUCACGAUCCACCCUAUUUUGAAGAGAUCUUCCGCAUGACUGGAAGUCCAUUUGCUGCUAUCAUUAACAAAUUGAAAGAGUAUGAUGAAUUUGUCAAAGUAGGGAAGAUUGUUAAUGUGUCUGCAUUAAAGUUGCAAUUAGAUGCUCUACAAAAUCAAAGCAGCAAUGGGAAAAAGCCCCCAUUCAAGAAGAAAGAAGGAGAAACUGCUUUUAUAUGGGAUCGGGGCCCGUCUUUCAGACCCAGAAUCCGAAACCAUCCCACCUAUUCUUUAAAAGCAGCUGGGAAGAUUGGCACCGUUCCUCCUAAACUUUAUCCCAAAGGCAUUCCUCCAGGUUAUGAUGCGCAGGCAAGUUGUGCUUAUCAUUCUGGAAGUCCAGGUCAUACCACGGGCAAUUGUUGGGCUUUAAAACAUAAGAUUCAGGACAUGAUUGACUCUGGAGACAUCCUUCUCAGAAGAAAGGGAGAGCAAGGACCGAAUGUUAGUAAGAAUCCCUUACCUGAGCAUGGGAGCACUGUGGGGGUUAUCAUCGCUGAUGAAGAUUUUGUCGACCCCAGUCAGUACAUUGUAGAUGAAACUGAAGUGUUUGGCGUGAUAGAGACUGACCAUGUGGAGAUGAGGAAACUGCUGUCUGUUGAAGAGUCCAUAACUAAGGAUAGUGCUGAGGAAAAGUUAAAAUCUUUUGUGUUUGAGAAAGAGGAGCCGUUUAUGGUAGAAGGAGGGCCUUCCGAGGUUGACAAUUCUGAGGUUCCUUUUAUUUUCGAUCUUCCAUCUUUUGAAUGGGAUAUAUCAGAGUCUGCCAUUCUCGAAUUUCCAGAGCAAAUGCCUGUCAAUAACUUGCAAGAGGUACCAUGGAACUACGAGGAGCCCAGUCUGUUAAUUGGGGGUAAAGAUUGUGUGAAGGAAGAUAUAUCAACUAUUACUAGAUCUGGGAAAAUUGUGGGAAACUCCGAUAUUGAUGUUCAAUCUAGGGCCAAGGUUAAAUCUCCGACACCCAAGCCUCGUGUGUCUGAAAAUGAAGCUGUAGAUUUUCUGAAGAUGCUGAAAAGAAGCGAGUACAAAAUAGUGGAGCUGUUGGAUAGGAUGCCUGCUCAGAUUUCUUUUCUGAAUCUUCUCUUGACUUCCGAGCUGCACAGAGAAGCAUUGCUCAAAAUUCUGAACGAAGCUCAAGUCCCUAAAGAUAUUCCGGUGGAUAAAUUUUCUAACAUUGUGGGGAAUGUACUUGCUGCUAAUCAUAUUACCUUCUCCGAUGAUGAUCUGACUGCAGAAGGGAUCGGGCAUAACAAAGCUUUGUAUAUAUCGGUCCGUUGCAAUGGAAAGCUGUUGCCGAGGGUUUUAGUGGAUAAUGGGUCAGCGUUGAAUAUCUGUCCAUGGAACACUCUCACCAAGCUUGGAUUUCUUGAUAUUAAACUCCGUCUAUCUGCAACUGUGGUUCGAGGAUUUGAUGGUUCAAGGAGGAAAUCUAUGGGUGAAGCAGAUCUGGUAUUGGAGAUAGGCCCUGCUCAAUUCCAAGUUACUUGCCAAGUCAUGGACUUCUCCAGUGUUUACAACAUUUUACUUGGAAGACCUUGGAUACAUGCUUCCAAUUCAGUGCCAUCUUCUCUGCAUCAAAUGUUGAGGUUUAUUGCGAAUGAUCAACUCAUUACAGUGUUUGCUGAGGAUGACUGUACCAUGAUCGUUGAUGCAAAAUUCAAUGGUGAAAAUAGAAAAAGGACUCCAACUUCAUCUCAUCUAGGGGUGCAGAGAAUUCGAGUAGCUUGA